AAUGCUCUUAUGCGCAACCCAUGACCAACUUUAAUAUCAGGAUUAGUGGACGGUCUACCAGGCACGGAAAUCCGAGCACUUUGCGCGUUCUUCAAUCGUCAUAGAUCUUGCGCUUUGUCUUUUAUUUGUACAUAAUCAAGGCAUCAAAACAAAUAGAAGAAAAAUCCUACCAUCGUACCUAAUGCCGAGAAUGAAUAUUUAAAAGUUAUAUGUACGUUAUAAGUAAGAGCUGAUAGAUGGCAUGUGUAAAUAAAUGUAUUGCAAAUAUGUAUUUUUUGGAUGCAUUGAACUUAUUUCUUGAUACACAGUGGCUUUAUAAUACUCCAGUUACUGAUUUGUUAACUGAAGGAGUACUUGAUUUUUUUCCAAAAGAAUGGCUGCAUGCUUUGCAAAUUUUGAAAAAUGAAGAACUUAAUGAUUUUGUUGUAAAAAAAAUGACAAAGCCAGAAUGGCCAAAAACCUUAAUAGCUUUUGUUGAAAAGUGUAGAUAUAUUGAUCAAUUACCAACUAUAAAUACUGUAUUAUCAACAACAUUACCAAAGGACUUCCAAAUAGGUCUUAAUUGCAAAAAGCAACAUGAAAUAAUGCAUUUGGCACAUCUGGUACAUAUGCAAUGCGCACCUCUAAAUAUUAAAGUUAUUAUUGAUCUUGGUGCAGGUUUGGGAUAUAUUUGCCAAUUAUUAUAUCAUUUAUAUGGAUAUAAAGUUCUAGGAUUAGAAAAAAGUCAAGUAAACAUAGAUAAUGCUCAAAAGAGACAACUAAAAAGGUUUCCUGAUUCAUUAAUGCAUGUUAAAUAUAAUUGUUGUGAUUUAAAAUGUAAUUCUGUUGAGACAAUAGAAACUAUUUUAAGUAAUGAGUUUCAAGAAAAGUCAAAUGUUUGUUUGAUUGGUUUACAUGCUUGUGGAGAUCUUAGCAUAGAUGCAUCAAAGAUAUUUCGUGAUAUGACAGCAGCACGUGUUUUUAUUAUGGUUCCUUGUUGUUAUCAUAAGCUUUCGAUAGCAAAAAGAAUAAAAGUAGAUGUAUCAACUGAAAAACAAUAUUUUAACAAUUUCCCUUUAUCUAAUUGUCUUAAAACUAUAAUUAAUAAUACUGAUUUUGACAUUGGUUCCUUCUUGAGGCAGCCCUUUUUACGAUUAGCAUGCCAAGAACCAGCAGACAGAUGGAAUAAUAUGUCUAUUGAAACACACAAUGAACAUUCCUUUUAUGUUCUUGCAAGGGCUGUCCUUCAAUUAUAUGUAUCUAAAAAUGGAUUUUCCCUUAGGAAAUGUAAACAAAAAGGAACAAGGAAAUCUCAAUGUUGCGACUUCAAAAUUUAUGUUAGAGAUUCAUUAACUAGAUACAUUUUACAAUCACAGGAAGAAGAAGCAUUAAAAGAACAAGAUAUACAACUUAAUCUUGAUAUGCAUGAAAAAAACAUGAUAGAACUAUGGGAAAAUCACUGUGAUAAAUUAAAGAUUGUAGAAACAUAUACUGGUUUACAACUGAUGUUGCAAGCAUCAGCAGAAUCAUUUGUUUUACAAGAUCGAUUAUGUUGGAUGGAAGAACAAGGUUUAGAAGCAAAAAUUAUUCCUGUAAUGAAUAAAUACUUAUCCCCACGAGCAUAUGCAAUUGUAUCACAAAAGAAAUAAUAAAUUUUAUAAAUUAGCAGUUUAA